AUGGAUAAAAAUUCUUUUCACAGUAUCAAUGUUGACAAUGAUGAAUAUCGCAAUAUAAAAAAUAUAAAAGCUUAUCAAAUCAAACCUAAAAAUACAUUUAAGGAUGUUUUAAGUUUUAUUAAAAAUGAAAAAAAAUAUGAGAUUGAAAAAGUAAAAUGUGAAAUUGAAGAUGACGUCACUGAGAAGGAAAAAGAUUAUCAAAUUGCAAUUUGUCAAGAUGGAAAAUUUGUCAUUACAUUUAAUACAGCAAACCUUCGGGUUAAAUUAUUGGAAAACACUGAUUAUCGUGAAUUCGUUUUCCGCAAUAGAGAUGUUUAUAAUAAUAAGAAAGAAUCAUACGAUGAACCAGACACAGACACAAUUGAUAAAACAAUCGCUUAUUUUAAAAUAAAAGAUGACUUAACUAUUGAUAAGCUUUAUAACACAGAUUACGAUAAGUCUUAUUCAACUAAAGAAAUUCAAGAUGAAUCGCAAGUUUCUGAAAACAGUGGUUUGAAAAAGGAUGAAAAGAACGAAACAUUUGAAUGGUCUUUUGAUAUAUCAAAUAUGUACGAGGAGAAUAACAAUGAAUGUUUUAUUUUUGUCGCCAUAUCUCGCAUAAAUGUUAACAAGGAUAUGAAAGUAACUGAAGAAAAUAGCGAAACUAAAGGAAUUGUUAUUUUUCGUCUAAAAUUUAAAAAAGAGAAUAAUAGUUAUGUUCUUAGUGAUCUUAGUGAUGUGACUCGUUACUAUAAUAAUGAAAUAUCAGGGAUAUGUAGAUUCGUGGAGGUUUCAAAAGAAGAAAUUUUGGACGAUACUCAACAAAAAAGACUUGUAAUAUUGGAUUUUAAUUGGAUGUAUAGUAUUCAUAUUAAUAAUAAUGAUGAUUUUUUUUAUUUGAAUGAGAAAUUUGAAUACCCAAAAAGUAUUAGACGUGAAUUAGAUGACUGGUAUAGUACGGAAAAUGAUAAAAAAAAUUACAUAAAACGACUUCUCUCGUGCAUUUACGAUAAAUAUUUUUUGGCUACACAAUUUGAGAAUGACGUACAAUCUCUCGAAGUUUUUGAUCUGGCAAAGAUGGAAUUAGAAACUACUGCAAAAAAAGUUGAAAAAAAGGAUGAGUUUGUAAAUGAAUACUAUUCUAGUACCUUUUCAGUUGGCAAGUUACAACUUUGUUUUACUCAAGGAAAUAAUAUUAUUAGAUUAUAUUAUAGGGAGAAUGGUUUACAAAUUGCAUCAAAGGAAUUUGAUGAACUAGAAAAAAUAGUCCUAUUAGAAUUUUUUAAUAGUGAUGAAAAAAUAUUUAUUAUAGGUAAAUGUCCGAAAGGCGACGUAAAGAUUAUAAUUUGGGAUUUAUAUAAUACCAGCAAUUAUGAAAUAGUAGAGUUAGAUGAUUCUCUAAUAAGUAUUAAAAAGGAUAUUAAAACUCGCCUAGCAAGAACUUUAGGGAAUAUUUUACAAAUCGAUGAUAAUGGAACAGUUUCAUCAUUAAUUAAAAAAGUUGAAGAAAAAUUGAAACGGCAAAAGGAAAAAGAGGAAAAAGAGAAAAACGCAGUUCUCAUAAAAUUAGACGAAAAACCAGAUGGAAAGUCGGAUGAGAGCCAUAAAAUAUAUUACAAUAAAAAAUAUAAAAAUUUUGAACCAAUAGUUGACGACACGGAACCAUGGGUGUUAGACGAAUAUAAAAAAUCUUCUUACUGUCAUUAUCAUCAUCAAGGAACAGAAGAAGAAACUUUACAACUUAUUGUUGGCAGAUCCACUGUUCAAAUUUGGCAUCAAAUAAAUGGUGAAACAAAGAAUAAAAAACAGAAAGAGCAACUUCCCAACAAAGGAAAACCAUUUCUCGAGUAUAUAUGGACUAAUCAUAUUCCUGUAAAUCAGGAAAGGGAAAAAACAAAGUUACGAAUUGAGUAUUUUAAAUAUGAACCAAAUGUUGGAUUACAUGAAAAAUUGGAUGACUUUUAUUUAAAGGUUUAUUGGUAUGAAAGAAAAGAUAAUAAAAAGAAUUCAAAAAAGGAAGAACAUGAAAUAAUAAAGGAAGAAGAUGAAGAAAUAGAUAAAAUUGAAAAACAAUUAAAAGAGAACAAUGAAAAAGAAGACAUAGACGAGGCGGAAAAAGAGAAAAAAAAACAAGAGAUAAUAGAUGGUAGUAUAAAGGUAAAAAGAUGGGAAAAAGUAAUUAAACGAAAAGAUAUUAUUGAAAAAUUUCAUGCAGUAAGACAUGCUUGCAAAGCAUUAGAACAUCUUAAUAAGCGUCAUAAAGGUAAACGCCUUGCAAAUAAUUAUAUUAGGGUACACAGAUAUGAGGAGAUGAUUAGGUAUAUCAAACAUAUAGUCUGGAGAUUUGCUAAAUAUGAACCAAAAAAUUUUAAAUUGUUGGAUAUUCGAUAUAAUGUAAUGAAAAAUUUAAUUCUUGGUGAUUGCGACCAUUUGAUAAAAUUUAUAUUAUUUGGAAGUGAGGAAGAAACUAUCGAAGAUAAAGAUGAUUAUAAAAAAAAAGAAGUAGAGAAAAAAAGUGAAAAAAAGGGAAGGAAAAAAAAUUUUGAAACUAGACAUAUACCAAGAGAUAACUCAUGGCCAGGAGAAAAGUUCAUAAAAGAUGGUGACCUUGACUUUGAAAAAAAAGAUGGGAUAAAAGAUAAUGAAGAUAUCGAACCGAAAAAUAAUAUGGAAUUAGCGAUUUAUCAUUGCAAAGGUCGUGAACUUAAAGAUACGAUUAUUGUCGCUUAUCUUUUAGAGUAUUAUUCUAGUCAUGCAACAGAUUGUGCAGGUUGGAUGUGUACUGUUUCUAAGGCGAUCCCUUUAUUAUUUAAAUACAAUUAUGAUGAUUAUGCCAGAAAGUUGUUUUUUAAAGAAUGUUUUGCAGAUCAGGACCACUUCUCAGCUCAAGAUCCUAAUGAAAUUAUUCCACCAGAAUAUCGUGAAAGACGUAAUCAUAACAUCAAAUUUAGAGCAUUUAGACCUAUAGUCAAAUUGAAGUCUGAUAAUAUUAAGUGGUACGAUAAUAUACGAAACCAAAUUAAAUUUCUUAAUAGUUAUAUAAUUAAGAAUUAUGAAAAUUUCGAUAAUGAUCUUGGAAAAUCUCCAAUAGCUUUAAGAAUAGUCCCUCUUCCCGGUUUCACUAUGAACAAUUUUGAAAGAGAAUAUAAAGAGUAUAAUUUGAUAAAAAUUAUUUUAAACCUUCUUUCGUUUAUAUUUAUACCACGAUUUUAUCAAAUUAAUCGAUGUGAUAGGAAAAAGUUGAGCCCAUUUUCUAGGAUGAUACAUUAUGAAAAUAAUGAUGAUAUUUAUGAUAAUCCAGCAACUGAAGCGGUCAUUGAUUUCCUUAGUUGGGCAUAUUUAAAUCAUAGCAGCAUGAUAAAUGGAAAUUUUAUAUUUACAUUAAUUAUUAUAUUUUAUUAUUUAGCAAUUUAUCAACUUUUUACUGAAGUAUUACAAAUUCGUUAUCGUGGAUUUAAAAAAUAUUUUGGUGAAAUAUUUAACAGUGUUGAUUUAAUUUCCACUGCACUUUCUGUAACAGUAAUGUCAAUAAUGUUUAAAAAUUUUCAAUUUACUGAUGGUUUUGAAAGUCUUAAAGAGAUCGAUAUUAGGUUAAUUGUUGGAAUAUCAUUUUCAAUUUUCUUUCUUUGGAUUGAAUUGAUUUUCUAUCUCCGCCUAAUACCAAAAAUUGGCAUUUUUAUUUAUUAUGCUAUAAUUAUCUUCAAAACUAUAUUACCAUUCUUUUUGUUCAUGUUGGUUGUAAUGCUUGCAUUUGCACACACAAUGAUCGUACUUCUCAGAGAUCCUACAAAGAUUAAAACUAAAGAUUCUACAUACAGUGGAAUUGCUACAGAUAUCUCAACAAACGAGACACUUAAUAUUACACUUAAAUCCGAUUUUGAUCCAACAUCUAGUGAUAAUCCAUUUUCAUCUUUUUUUAAUGCAAUAUUAGCUACAUAUUUUUGGAUUAGUGGUGAUAUGGUUCAAAGAGAUCAAUUUGAUUUUUGGACUGUUGAUGUAUAUACUUUAAUUGGUAGUAUAGUCCUUGUAAUUGUUUUACAAAAUAUGUUGAUUGCUUUUAUGAGUGGUGUGUAUGAAGAUGCAGCAACUAAAGGUAGACAAACUUUAUUGCGACAUCAAGCAAAUCAUAUAGCAGAUUAUGAAGCAUUACAUCAUAUUCAUUUUUGGAAUCCUGAACCUGAACCAAAACAUAUUUAUUAUUUUGGUCAAUCAAAAUCUUUAGAAGAAUGGUCAGAUACAAGAAAAGAUGAUCAAGGUGCUAUUUAUAAAGGUUUUGAAGAAAAAACUACAUUUACAAUACGUACUUUUAAAGAAGAAAAUUAUGAUAAAAGUUCAAUUUUGGAAUAUUAUGAUAAUAUUGAAACGAAAAUUGGAAAUCUUAAAAAUAUAGGCAAAGAAAUGAGUGAGAAUAUUGAAUAUUUGAUUGAAAGAUUUAAAGAUAAAAAUUUAAUCAAAGAAAUUGAAGAUAUGAAAAUUGAUUUAAAAGCUAAGGUUGACAAGUUAUAUAAUAUAUUAGAGAAAUUGGAGGAUUUUUAA